AUGGACAUAACCAAACAUGUCUCCUUUAGGAUUCAAUUUUUCACUUGCAUCCCCCCUGAUUGCGAUAUUUCUGAUCCGAUCUUUUCUGUUUGGUUCUGCAGGUUCGACUACCAGGAGCUGCUUCACAACUCCAGCUUCUGCUUGGUGCCGCGGGGCCGCCGUCUGGGGUCGUUUCGGUUCCUGGAGGCCCUGCAGGCGGCCUGCAUCCCGGUUAUUCUGAGUAACGGCUGGGAGCCGCCGUUCUCCGAAGUCAUCGACUGGAGGAAAGCCGCCAUUAUCGGAGAUGAGAGACUGCUGCUACAGGUUCCCUCCAUUACCCGAUCCGUGGGCCGUGACAGGAUCCUGGCGCUCCGCCAGCAGACUCAGUUCCUCUGGGACGCCUACUUCUCCUCUGUAGCCAAAAUAGUCUUAACCACUCUGGAGAUCAUUCAGGACAGAGUGGAGUCUCACGUGUCCAGAAAUCACCUGCUGUGGAACUUCCUACCUGGCGGUCUCUUCGCCUUCCCACAGUACUCAACUGACCCUGCCCAGUUCCCCUUCUACUACGCCAUCCUGGGUAAGAGCCCAUCGCAGCUGUUCACAGCUGUGGUCCAUACGGUAACUCCUCUGCAGGCCCAGAUCUCCCCUGUGGUGAAGCUCAUCAUCGCUGUGGCCAAGUCCAAGUUCUGUGCACAGGUUGUGGUUUUGUGGAACUGUGAGAAACCUUUACCUCCUCGAAAUAAGUGGCCCUCCACCAGCGUGCCUCUCACUGUCAUCGAAGGACAGACCAAGACGAUGAGCAGUCGUUUUUUCCCGCACGACGACAUCAUCACCACCGACGCCGUGCUCAGUCUGGAUGAAGACUCUGUUCUCUCAACCAAUGAGGUGGACUUUGCUUUCAUUGUAUGGCAAAGUUUUCCGGAGCGGAUUGUGGGUUAUCCGGCGAGGAGCCACUACUGGGAUAGUUCCAGAUCACGCUGGGGCUACACCUCCAAGUGGACUAAUGACUACUCCAUGGUACUUACAGGAGCAGCUUUUUACCACAGAUACUACCACUUCCUGUUCACUCACUACAUCCCAGCCAGCCUGCUGACCAUGGUGGACCGCAUGGCCAACUGCGAAGACAUCCUGAUGAACUUCCUGGUUUCAGCCGUCUCCAAGCAGCCGCCGAUCAAAGUCACACAGAAGAAGCAGUACAAGGAGACCAUGAUGGGCCAGGGCUCCAAAGCAUCUCGAUGGGCUGACCCAGACCAUUUCGCUCAGCGACAGACCUGCAUGAACGCCUUCAGCCGAUGGCUGGGCUUCAUGCCUUUGGUGCACUCCCAGAUGAGGCUGGACCCCGUCCUAUUCAGGGACCAAGUUUCUAUACUGAGGAAGAAAUACAGAGACAUUGAGAGACUCUGAAGGCAAAACUCACACAGAAACUCAGAGCCUCAUCUGGAACAUGGGUGGUUCAGAAGGACAAAGACGAACGAACAGAAUGGGGUUCUAUGAGAAGAAAAACCUGCAGGCAAAAGAUCAAAAAGUGGAGUGUAUGGAAAAGACUGCUUGUUUUUAUGGAUAAGUGUCACCCACAACAUUAAAACCAGUGUUAUAUGGACAGAAGAGGAUUAGGGACACAGAAAUAAAGAAAUGAGUUUUUUAUAAU